UACUGACAUGUGCCAAACUGAACUGAUGUGCAUGCCCCAGAGGCCGGAGCAGAAUCGGUCUGGCCUACAUGUAGUCCCCGUGGUCUGUAGUGUUGUAGUGUGCGCGGCUCCUAUCAAGUCAGGCCACUGUCUGUAUACAGACGCAUACAGACUAGUGCGCACUCUAGUCUAGGCUAAGCUGACGGUAAAACAUUUGUGGAUGAAUUAAAAAUCAUUUUUGCCCAGUAAAUCGAAUAGGCUUGGUGUAGUGCCGUACUGGUAUGUACAGUGACUUUGUCUUUGAGUUUCCAGUGUUCUCUGUUGGUGUAUCUACUGAAGUCAGAUUGAAGUCAGGUUGUGGCGUGUGUGUGUGCAGUUGUAUUGAUUAGCCAUGUCCAGACCAGAGUGUGGAUCAUGCAGAAGUAGUAGUAAGCAUGGCAAGCUGUUGAAGUGUCUCCACUCAUUGUGUGUGGAGUGUUUGGAAAAAUACAUUAGUGGCAAGGGCUCUGUGGGAUGUCCUGAAUGUGGAACAACCACUCCACCACCACCACUGGCUGGUGUGCCCUUGCUGCAGUACCUGCCAGACAGUGAUGUGUCUAGUGAUGAGGUUGGAGAGGAGGUAGCUGUUGCAAGUGCUGGCCGUAAGAAGUUGUGUGAUGAAUGUGCUGAGGAUAUAGCAGCAGUAGCUGUUUGCAUGGACUGUGGUGACAAUUUCUGUACUGACCAUGCCAAAGGACAUCCAACCUCCCGCAGAUCAUACAAACACAAGGUUGUGCCACUCAGUGAGGCUGCAGAAUAUACAGGUGAUAGAACAUCAGCCAGCCAGUACAAAUGCUCAUUCCACUCCUCGUUUGUACAGUGUUCGUAUUGCUUGAGUUGUGAGCAGCUUGUGUGUAAGCAAUGUGUAAGCAGUGGUGAUCAUGCUGCUCACAAUGUGCAGACUAUCACUGAUGCAUCGUCUAGCAUUCGCCAGUCUUUGAAAGCCAAGCUGACUAGCACAUCGUAUGGAAGUGGCAGUGUUUUUGACGAGUCGAUCAAAAAGUCUGAAGCGGCACUGAGUGGACUCCGUGAUGAGACUGAAGGCUUGUCCUCCCGGAUCAACGACGUUUUUGGUGGUCUGAAGAAAGCCAUUGAAAACCGUCAACAAGAGCUUCUGGAUGAGGUGGAUCGACUACAGUUGUCACAUCUUCUUCCCCUUGAAGAGCAGAACCGGCAGAUUCUUGCUGGUGCCUCGUAUAGCAAGAAAGUUCAACAUCUGGCAGAGAACUGCAAUGAGGAUGUGAAUUUCUUGAAGAUGAGUGGAUGGCUGGAGGAAGCAGCGAAGAAUGCUAUGAGUGCGUCCGAGAGAGAUGUGAAGGGGUUUGCUCCAGGAACUCUAUUGUUUUCGCCAUGCCACGUCGAGGAACUGACUGCGGCCAUUGCCAGAACUGGUGUGGUGAGUGACAUUGGUAUGCUGUCAUCGGAGAAGAGUAGCAUGACUACUGCAGCCAGUGUUGAGGAGGGAGACGACCUUACCGUGAUCAUUGAGCCAAGAAAUGGCCACGGUGAUAGUCUGGCUGUGACGGAGGCACAUUUGUCUGCAGUUCACGUUGACGUAACAUCUGCGGACAACACCACCGACACCAUUCAGCCUGUGCUGCCCACCGUCAGUAGUCCUAAUGAAGGCGCUAACAUGAUUGCACCGUACAAGACGACCGGAAAGAGGGGUUCAGUGCAGAUAUCAGCCAUGAUUGGAGGUAACCAUGUAGCUGGAAGUCCUGCAAUGGUUACCAUCGUGGAUCCUCUUUGGUUUGAUCCCAGCCAAUGCCAUGCAGAUCUUGCACUGUCAAACAACAACCGAACGGUUACUCGUGGAGCUACUUCUAACGGGAACUGGAGGUCAGUAUGUGGCGCGAGGAAAUGGAGUAGCGGCAAGCACGAGAUAUCCCUCCGUCUUGAUCGCAUCACUGCCGGUAAAGUUCACCACGUGUUCUUCCUGUGUAAUGCCCAGCCUCCACGACUAGACAGUUGGCAAACGGGAAAGACCACAUCGUUUGGAUGGUACGGCUACACCACCAGUGGUGGUGGUGGUAGCUGGACAGGCGGUGCACUGGGUCAGCCAUGGCAAGCCGGUGACGUCAUUCAAAUGUCGUUGGAUUGUGAAAAUCUCACGUUAGUCGGACGUCAUGAGCGUACCGGAGCAACCGAGACACUGACCAACGUGACAGGUGAACUCUACCUCUACAUCAGCCUGUACAGCAGUGGAGACCAAGUUACUAUUUUGUAAAUCUUCAAUCCUCUCGACUUUCAAGAACACAGUGAUGUGCAUGCAUGCCUGCAUGCCGGAACCGAUCAAGUUGGUCAGGUCGUAACCAGACCAACCUUUUGGCCACCAACACAUGCCUUACUGCUGAGGAGGUUAUCUGUGCACGGCAUAUCUUACACGAAGUAUGAAAGGCCUCCGUAUAGCCGGACCUAUCAAAAACCUUUUUCACAGCGGUCCUCGUGUUUAUGUAUGUUUGUGUAUGCAUGUCUUUAUAUACAUGUAAACAUGGAUAAGAAAGGAGAUUAGUCAUGUAUUGCUGUUCCUUUUCCAUUCUAUUGUGCAUGUGGAAUGCCGGCAUCUUUUAUUUUUAUAAAGCACUCAGCCUGGAGUCUGCAACACGGUUAUCAGUUCUCAAAAUUUGUAACAUUUCCAGCAAUUCCAUUGUGUAAUGUGUCGCACUGUCCCUGUAAGCAGGAGUAUUUCAUGUAUUUUCCUUUUUUUCUUUCCUACUCUGUUUGUUUCUGUGUCUAUUUCUGCUGCAGUUGGCUCCAAAGGGAUCAUUUUCUAUGUAUGAUAAUCAGUGAGCUAUUGCAGUCAUUUUCUAUGUAUGAUAAUCAAUGAGCUAUACAUUGUCACUGACUACUGUUGCUUUCACCACUGUGACUCUAUACACUGCGUAUAGGGGGGUUUCCCCUACUA